AUGGACGAGGAAGAAGAUCCUAUCGACGAAGAGCAACUCGAUGAGUAUCGAGAAAUGGUAGACGACCUUGGUGCCUUUCCAGACAAAGUAAAGAUCAAUAGUCUUUCCAUGGUAGCAGAGGAUCACGCAGAAUCUCCGGCGAACGCAGCCGCAAUCUAUGGUGUUAUUCGAACACCAUUGGUGGCCAAGAACGUUUCGAGCGACAAAAAACUCCCGCUCGUAUAUGUCAUCGACUCCAUUCUCAAGAAUGUUAAAGGGUCUUAUAUUCCUGUCAUUGAAGAGGAUGCGAAAACUUGGAUGCCAGUUGUCUAUGAUGCCUUGCCAGACGAUAAGCGGGCCAAACUGAAAAAAGUCUGGAAUCUGUGGAAAGGUGCCAAUAUAUUUAAAGAAUCCAAAUGGCAAGAAAUGGGAAGCUGUUUUUCAGCAACUUCUGCUACUGCUGCUACCAGGAGUUCGUCGGACGCUGUAACUUCCAAUCCAGAGUUGGAGAAUGCAGGCAUAUCUUGGGGGAAAGAUGGGUCUUUACUGCUUAUGCCAAACUUGAAAGAAGCAAUGCAAAGCAUUCUCGACGACUUACAGAGUGAUGUGACGGACGAAUUGGAAAAGGUUUCAUUGGAGCGGUUGGCAGCCAUUGAUUCAGCUCUCCUGAUAAAGAUCAAGCAGACAGCAGAAGAUUCACUAAGGAGUGGAAGUUCAAAGGGGCGGAUGCAAACAUCAAAUGAACAGCCACAAGAGGAAGAUGACAUAUUGUCAUUUCUAGUGGAAACCAGAACAGCGGAAGCGAUCGAGCAAUCCAGUGCGUGGCAGAAACUAAAUUUGAAUCACGUCAAGGACGCACAUGAAAUCAUGGCGUCAUUACAACGCUUACUGCGAGAUGGAUCCUCGAUAGACAAACGAUACACCCAAAGGGAGGCGUUGGAUACUACAGCUGCCCUUGCGGCAGCUGCUGUGACGGCUGGUUUGUUGACAGCGAAUGUAGAAGAACUUAGCAAGAGCGACAAGAAUAAUAGCGCCGUAUCUUCCAUCCUUGGUAUGGGUGCUGGGCAAAGAGCGAAUCCUGCGUCGGUCUUUGUCAAGGUGGAUAAGAGCCUGUUUACCAACGACGGAUUGAAGAAACGAAACGAUGCUAUAGUGGGAGUUCUAUACGAUGCCGGGUUGCCAUUUGUCAGUUCCACAGAUGGCAGAAGGUUUGCCACACAAGUGGAGCUAUCUGAACAUCUUGACGCACUGUUUAAAAAGGGACAAUUGGAAAAAGCCAUGGCCACAACAGAAGAACGAGGGUGGUACAUCUCAGAUUCUGCCUUUUCCUUAGAAAAGAAAAUGGAAGAAAUGCAAAUAUCAAAUCCAGGCGGUGGUUCCGAAGCGGAUGACCCUGCCGAGAGCUCCGAAACAGAAGCCGACCCUGAUUCCUUUACGGAGCUCGCGGACGAAUCAAGAGAUCGUUGCGUCAUUUGUGGUCUCAAUUUCAAGAUGUACUUCGACAAUGAUGACGGAGUAUUCAAAUACAAGAAUUGUCGAGAGAUUGAAGUGUUGAAUGAUGAAACCGCCAUUAAGGAAUCCGAAGAGAUGUUGGUGCACGUCAGCUGUUGGCGUAAUAUGGGCUGUCCACCUCAGUUGAAUCCAGAACAAGCGUUACAAGAAUUCAUGAAUCAAGACUAG